GUUAAUACACGUGGAGCAAUAUUUUGGUUUCGAUUUACAGAACAACAUCAACAUGACUUUGGAAGCUAUCAAGUAUGAAAAUGACACGCUGGAAAUUUUAGACCAGCUCUUACUACCCGGUGAACACAAGUAUAUUCCCAUAUCCUCGGUGGAGGACGGAUGGAAGGCGAUAAAACUCAUGCAAGUGAGGGGAGCGCCCGCUAUCGCCAUUGUGGGUUGUCUGAGUUUAGCGGUAGAGCUGAAGAAAACAUCGUUUUCCAGCAAAGAAGAAUUGUCCAAAUUUAUUGAAGAGAAGCUGAACUAUCUUGUCACUUCACGGCCAACUGCUGUCAAUAUGGGCAAGGCAGCUAAGAAAUUCAUACAGAAAUCGGAAUCAUUAACAACUAAUUCAAAAUUCACGCUACAGGAUAUGCUGAAAAGAAUAGUGACAGCGAUCGAGGAAAUGCUUCCCAAUGACAUCUCUGUGAACAAGACCCUGAGUAAGUAUGGCGCCGAUCACAUCCUACAGCUGUUCAAUGACGAGCCCGUGGACAUCUUGACCCACUGUAACACUGGCUCACUGGCCACCGCGGGGUACGGCACGGCACUAGGUGUCAUUCGAACUUUACACGAAAGAAAGAAAUUACUGCAUGUGUACUGCACAGAAACUCGCCCCUACAACCAAGGCGCGCGCCUGACUGCUUAUGAACAUGUAUACGAGAAGAUGCCGGCCACUCUGAUCUGUGACAGUAUGGUGUCCACCCUGAUGGACCGCCGGGGGGUGUCCGCCGUGAUCGUGGGGGCAGACCGGGUGGUGGUCAAUGGGGACACGGCCAACAAGAUCGGGACCUACCAGCUGGCCAUAGCGGCGAAGCACCACGACAUCCCGUUCUAUGUGGCUUGUCCAACCACCACAUUUGACCCACAUCUUGAGACGGGGAAAGACAUCCACAUCGAGGAAAGACCCCACGAAGAGAUGACCCACUUCAAUGGCGUCUCAGUUGCCGCACCAGGUAUUAACUGUUGGAACCCGGCCUUUGACGUGACCCCAGCGUCACUGAUUACUGGGGGGAUCGUCACAGAGUUUGGGGUGUUCAAGCCGUCGGAACUGGCGGAGAAACUGGUGCCCAUCAUGAUGUCCCUGCACCUGGAGGACCCUGACCAUGUUAACACGGGUCCGGAUCCAUCGCUAUCGAUCGUCGAGGAGCUCCCACUAACAAGGCACCAGCACCGCGCACCGACUCCCAAAUAUGGAUCUGUAUCCAAAGAUCCCAAAAUAGAUAGGUGUAAAUCAGGACUGGAUCUGAAGACAAUGUGGGUCGAGAUCGGCUUGAUUCUGGUGGAGAUCUUAACUGCAUGUGCAGAUGGACUAACCAUGGAGGGGUGUGAAAAUGGGUGGACGUUUCACAAACACCUCUGCUAUCAGUUGAACUCUGACCCCUACGGCACCCUGACCCACGGGGAGGCGAUCGCAGUGUGCAUGGCCAAGGGUGCGGAUCUGACAAGUGUCUGGGGCAAAAAGGAGAGAGACUUCAUUGCGCAGGAACUUCUCAGCACAAGCAAAGAGGAGAGUGCGUGGAUAGGACUGAGACAGGAUUACCGUGGCAACAAGUACGUGUGGACGUGGUCGGACGGGUCACCGGCGGACGAAGCCAGCUGGAAAUAUGGAAACACUGACGACUUCACCGGACUGUGCGGGAUCCUCCGGACGGACGGGACAGAGGAUCUCCGGAACUGCACGGACCCGCUCCGGACUUUUAUCUGCAAGAAGAACCUGAAAAUGUGGUACGUGGUUAGUGAUGUUUUUGAGAACGCCUACCGUGACGAAGAUUUUAGCGUGGAGCCACAGAAGCUUCUAUUUGAGAGGGUGUGGCCUCCAAAAGUGGAGUUCAUUAAUGACUACCUGAAACACCUCGCCAAGACGACUGUCUCCAAGGAAACGGAUUGUGCGUACAAGUGUUUCCGGGCGAAUGCGUGCAGGGCUUUCUCUGUACAAUGUAUAGUAAACUGGAACUGUGAAAAGUACGACUGUGAGGUUUACCGUCCAAACGCGUUUUGAUUCAUUGCCAUAUAAACAUAUGACUUAUUAUAUUUUUACUGGUCCAAUUUUGUAGCACUGUAAUAUUAAAAUGUUUAUAACACACAUUGGUUAUCAUGAGUAAUGUGUUGUUUAUCUAAAAAAAAGGGAGAACAUUACCAAUUCGAAAACAAAUAUUGUAUUUUGAAAUUAUAUACAAAAUAAAUUUUGUAUUUACCCGAAAGAAUUCAAAACUCAAAAUUUACAACAUGACACUACUUUGAAGUCAAACAGAAAGUAACGACCAGAAAUACAUGUUAUGAAAUAAAAUAUGCAUAUUUGUUAUUAGUUUUAAUUUUGUCUAAAGUAAUAGACACGCCUGGUCUUCAAUAUCAAAUAAUUUUAAAGUAUAAUUGAGAUUCUUUUGAAAAGGUACCCAACUAUUUUCAAAAAUUCAUAGUUUUCUACUUCUUGUUAUCACAGCAACUGAAAUCAAUUUUGAUGUAUAAUUUUUUUUUUUUGAAAACAGACGUUACAGUAGGUAAAAAUACCGUCACAAUAAGCUGAUUUUUGAAAUUAUUUGUCGUAAAGGUCGCAAUACUCUUCAAAUGUAAGUACAUUUCUCCGCAUUUUUGUUGUUGAAAUUUGAAAACGUUUUGCAUGGGUGGAUAAGGCGUAUAAAUGCCUAUAUAAGAUACUGCGAAAGUGAAAUAUCAACAAAUCUGAUUUUUUUUAAAAAGAUUUAAAACAGUGUAUAUUAAACAUGACAUCGAUUGU